UGGCAGUAGAGCUCCCGGGGCGUGACAGCGCAGUCUCCGCCCCCUUCCUCCCUUCCGCCUUCCCUCCCCGGGGCGGACGCUGGAGCCGCUGCUGGGCGUCGGGGGGUGGUCUAGCCCCUGGUACUUCCUCCUGCCGCGCCGUCAGCUGCCCCUGCAGAAUUAUUAAGAAAAUCCUGAUGAGUCUGCUCCAUUUUGCAACUAGACAUCUGAUUCUCCAAGUGCUUCGUGAAUUGGGAUUGAAGGCUCGUCCUGCCCAUAAAACCUUUAAGACUUGUGUAGCAAUGUCUCAUGCAAGUUCAAACAUAGCAGAUUUUCGGAAGUUCUUUGCCAAGGCAAAGCAUAUAGCCAUCAUUACAGGGGCUGGGGUCAGUGCUGAAAGUGGUGUGCCAACAUUCAGAGGACCUGGUGGUUUCUGGAGAAAAUGGAAAGCUGAGGACCUAGCCACCCCUAAGGCCUUUUUGAAGAAUCCCUCUCUGGUGUGGGAGUUCUACCAUUACCGGCGAGAAUUGAUGCUAAAGAAGCAUCCCAACCCAGCCCACAUAGCAAUUGCAGAAUGUGAGGCCCGGCUGAGUGUCCAAGGAAGGCGUGUGGUAGUCAUUACUCAGAACAUUGAUGAGCUCCAUCGCAGAGCAGGCACGAAGAACCUCCUGGAACUUCAUGGCAGCUUAUUUAAAACUCGAUGCACCAGUUGUGGCAAUGUGGUAGAGAAUUACAAGAGUCCAAUCUGUCCAGCUUUAGAAGGAAAAGGUGCCCCAGAUCUUGAUGUUCCAGAUGCCCAAAUCCCAGUUGACAAGCUUCCUAGAUGUGAAGAAAAAGAUUGCAGUGGCCUCCUUCGACCCCAUGUGGUAUGGUUUGGAGAAAAUCUGGACCCUGACGUUCUUGACCAGGUCAACAAAGAACUUGCUGUGUGUGACUUAUGUUUAGUGGUGGGAACGUCCUCUGUGGUUUAUCCCGCAGCUAUGUUUGCUCCGCAUGUAUCAAUUAGGGGAGUACCAGUGGCCGAAUUUAACAUGGAAACCACCCCUGUUACACAGAACUUCAGGUUUCAUUUCUCAGGACCCUGUGGCACCACUCUCCCUGAAGCACUUGCCUGCCAUGAAUCUGAAAAAGUUGGUUGAUUAUUUGUGAGCAUGAGAAAAAAAAAUUAUUUCAUGAGUACUUGGUUACAAAUAGUUAAGCCAAUGGGGGGGUGGGAAGAAGCAGGGGAAACCUUGUAGGUAGACACAGAAUGGUCUCCUGCCCUCAGAACUGGGAAUGUAACCAAUCAGUAGACAUUCAAGUGGUCAGUCAUAAUGAUGAUAUCAAACACCCAUUUUGUGUGGACUGAAACCUGACUUCCAAAUGAUUAUUCCAUAUUUUAUAGUUGUGGUAAAAACUAUUUUCAGCUAUAUAACAUGUAAUUUAUCUGUAAUUCUAAUAGUAUUUUUUUUAUGUUCCUAAUGGGAGUGUGUAGAUUUGCUUUUUUGGGCAGGGGCUAAAGUAUUACUUUUCCUCAGUUCUGAUGUUUACAUAAAUACUUUGGCAGAAAAUAAAUUCACUGUAAUUUGUGGUAUAAAGAAGUUCAUCCAGGAUA